AUGGGAAUGAGGCUGGAUCGCUCAGAAGUCCAGGAAAUUUUGAAUAAAUUCGUCAUUAGCGACGAUGACUUGCACGUUAUCAGUGAAAAAAUAGAGGCAGAAAUGAAAGCAGGUCUUGCUAGUGUGGACGGGUCUAGCAUAGCCAUGCUGCCUUCUUAUGUGCCAGCGUUGCCGGAUGGAUCAGAAGAGGGUCAAUAUGUAGCUAUCGAUCUUUCGGGCAAAAACUUACGCAUUAUGUUACUAACUCUCAACGGUAAAGGACGUGAACCAGCUGCAGUCAAUAACAACUAUAUUGUACCUAAUCACGUGAUGAAAGGAACAGGCGAUCAACUGUUCACUUUCAUUGUCAACUGUCUCCAACGUUUUCUUCAAGAAUUCGGAUUGGUAGAAGCAAAUUUACCUAUUGGUUUUGUAUUUUCGUAUCCUUGUGAGUUGUUGUCCAUAAGAUCGGCUCGACUUCUCUGGUGGACGAAAGGAUUUGAUAUCAAGGACUGUCUGAGAAAAGAUGUUGUUCAGCUUCUCGAGGAGGCUUUAGAAAUGAACAUGUCGACUAAGGCCCAAAUAAAAGCGGUUAUGAAUGAUACAGUUGGUCAACUUGCAGCUGCUGGCCACAAAUAUGGUCCUGAUUGCACGAUUGGUGUGGUUAUCGGAUACGGGUGCAAUUCGUCGUACCUGGAGAAAACGUCUCGCAUAACGAAGUUCGACGCAGCUGCUGUGGGUUACAAGCAUCCGAAUAUGGUUGUUGUUACCGAAUGGGAGGAAUUUGGAUCAAAGGGCGAACUGGAUUCGAUUCUUACACAGUUCGACAAAGAAAUUGAUGCAGCAUCUGUUCAUCAAGGAAAACAAAUCAUUGACAAGUUAACGGGCGCUUUAUAUCUGGGCGAAUUAGUCCGUCGAGUAUUGUCGCAGCUGGUCUUGGAUAGAGUGCUUUUCGAUGGCCAACCGUGCGAAAAGCUGGACGAACCGGAUACGUUCCCGACAAAGUACAUAAGCGAAAUUCUCGCUGAAGAAGAAGGUAGUUACAAGUGCUGCCGUCGAAUCUGUGAUGAAUUGGAUGUACCAAUGCAUGGUUCAAGUGACUAUCAUAUUAUUCGUGAUGUGUGCUAUGCGGUGUCGAAUCGUAGCGCAGCAAUAGUAGCAGCUGCCAUAAGUGCUCUUCUUCGUCAUUUGGAUGUAUCUAAAGUGAAGAUCGGUGUUGGAGGUGCGCUGAUCCAGUUCCACCCAAUCUACCAUAAAUUGCUCCAUGACAAACUAGUCGAUCUUGCUCCUUUGUCGACUGAGUGGGAACUCGUACCGGCUGACGAAGGAAGUGCUCGAGGAGCGGCCCUUAUUGCUGCCGUUGCCGAGAAGAUGAAACUGUAG